GUGGGUGAGGCUUGAGUUGGUCCACGCGGGCAUGGUGUUGAGGUCAAAUAUCACCACUCCAAGGGUGUUGAUCAUCACAUUCAACACCAAGACGCACACAAUGUUCAUCACAAUUCCGGCCUUCAUCUGGAACGAGGGAAAUGGAGGUCUCAUCUCCUCCUGAACUCAUCUCCACGGCGGCUCAUCUCCCGGGCCCCAUGAUAGCCUCCAGCAUCCUCCGUCUCCAUGGCAACAUUUCUCCCUUCCCGCUCAUCAUCUCCCAAACCUGUUCCUCUCGCCACCAGGUUAAUUGGUUAGCCCUUUGAGACAGGAACAAAUUAACACCACCACCAUCACCACCACCACCACCAGCCAGCACUCAGCACCAUGGCCUUAGCAGGGUCAGCAUCAGCACCAUCAGCAUCACCAGCAACAGCAUCAGAGGAGCAGCAUAAGUGUGUGUUCUGUGGGCAUCAAUUCCCCUCCAAGCCAGAGCUUCAGACCCACUUCAGACUCCACGCCAACGGAAUCAUCGACAUCAAGGGCCACCCGAAAGUCCGCCAGAAAGUGGACUCAAAACCCACUCGGACAUCCGCCAGAACCACCACCACAACCACAACUACCACUACUACUACUACUACUGCUGCUAAGCCUACUACUACUACUACUACUACUACUACUACUACUACUAGUGGAAAGAGUAGUGCAAUGUGCGAUGUAUGUGGCGAGUCCUUCCACACGGUCUCCCUGGCCAUCUCCCACAAGUUCCGCAAGCACCCGGACUCUGUGGCCAAGCACUACUGCCCUCACUGUGGCAUGAUGUUCCCAAUAAAGUUGAGCCGUGACAAGCACCUCCUCAGCCACAGCAGUGCGCCCCCCAAGCAGCUCUUCCCCUGCCGGCCCUGCGGAGUGACCUUCUACAAUCAGCGCGCCAAGAAGUUCCACAUGGAUUCAGCGCAUAAGGGAGCCACCCGCAUGGUCAACCCGGUCCGCACCCCCGCGCCAAGCAUGAAGAUCGUGGUCAACAACGCCGGGGAACCCCUGAGCGUGUACUACUGUCAUCUGUGUGGUUGCGAAUACCAAGUGAAGUACAACCUGCAGAAACACCUGGCAACCAAACACAACCAGGGGGAGAGGGAUGCCCUGCCGAAAGAGCUGGUGCAGUGUAACCUGUGCAGUGCUGUGUUCUACUCCAAGAGGGCUUAUGAGGCGCAUAGUCACCACCACAGAGAUGGCGACCUCUUUGCCACGAAUGAGCAGAUGAGACAACAAGUGGUCCAGAGGAUUGACCAGGACUUUGACCACCGCCGCGUUCCCACCCCAGUUGAACGGUACCUCUCCGCCUCCGCUGUCACCUCCAACCGCUCCGCCACGUGGAGGAACAUACAGGCUGCACGGAGAGCCCAGACCACAUCCUCUUCUUCCACCAUGUCUUCCUCCUCCUCUUCCACGUCUUCACCUGUUUCCCUGCAAUCCAUUCCCUCCUCCUUCUCCUCCUCCUUGAAAGUAAAUAAGAAGGAAGAAAGGAGGAGGGAGGAGGAGGAGGAGAGACCCGACUCCUCUUCCUCCUCGGCAAGACUCAAGGAGGAAGAGGAAGAAGAGGAGGAGGAGAGAGAAAAAAAACUGACCUUCCUCACAAACACUCUACCCUUAAGAGGAGGAGAGGAAGAAGGAGGAAGAGGAGGAGGAGGCGGUACUCCGGGGGACUUCCUACCGUGGGCGAUGGAUGACGGGAGGAGGAAGAGGAGGAGGAGGAUGAUGGAUGAGUCGGAGGAGGAGGAGGUGGAGGUCAUGUGGAGUCUAGGAAAUGUUAACCCAGACACUAUACUCUCAAGGGGAUUGAUGAGGAGAGAGGAGGAGGAGGAGGAGAGGAAGACAAAGGAAGAGGAGGAAGUGGGGAAGAAGCAGAAGAGAAGAGAGGAAGAGGAGGAGGAGGAGGAAGAGGAAGAUAUUGUUUCAGAGGCGCAGUCAGCUGAGAUGGAGGAGGAGGAGGAGAGGAGGAAGAAGGAGAACUCAUGAGGGACAUUGACGGAUGGAGGAGCGAAGAUUCAAGAACAGCCCCUACCAUUCCACCUCACUUGCUGGUGUUAAGAGGAUCCCACGAAGACCAUGGCACCCACCCCUUCCCCUCUACUCCUCUCAUCACCAGGGGGAUCGCCAUUCACCCUGGGUUAGCUGUUCCUUGGUAUAGCAUUUACGGGUUAAUUCUUGUUCCUCGAUCUGAAGUGGUUUUCUCUCCUUCCUUCCUUCAUUUUCCCUUCUCUCAGUUCCUAUUUCUCCUCUCAUCUUUAUUCCUAAUUCAUAAGUGCUUUCCUAUCCUCUAGUUCCUGUUUCUAUCCUUCCUUUCUUCCUUUUUCUAUUCUCUCAGUUCCUAUUUCUCCUUCUCUACUCUAUCUCUCUCGUUCAUAAGUGGUUUUCCUAUUCUCUAGUUCCUGUUUCUAUCCUUCCUUUCUUCCUUUUUCUAUUCUCUCAGUUCCUAUUCCUCCUUCUCUACUCUAUCUCCCUCGUUCAUAAGUGGUUUUCCUAUCCUCUAGUUCCUGUUUCUAUCCUUCCUUUCUUCCUUUUUCUAUUCUCUCAGUUCCUAUUCCUCCUUCUCUACUCUAUCUCCCUCGUUCAUAAGUGCUUUCCUAUCCUCUAGUUCCUGUUUCUAUCCUUCCUUUCUUCCUUUUUCUAUUCUCUCAGUUCCUAUUCCUCCUUCUCUCUUCCAUAUUCCUCAUUCUGAAGUGCUUACCUCUCCUUCCUUUCCCCUUCUCUCAGUUCUUAUUCCUCCUCCUCUCUCCUUCCUUUCUCUCUCACUCUCUCUUCCUCCUCUCUCUUUCCUUCCUCUCACCAGCUCCCUCUUCCUCUUCCUCCUCCUCGUCGUCCCCUUCAAUCUGAAAGAACAAUUCCAUUUGAUCAUUCCACCACCAAGACUUACUAUUAGCUCAUAAGACAUCACAUUAUUAGUAGUAUUAAGCAACACAUCAGACUAUUCCACAACAAAACGUCUUAUAUAUAUGUCACACCUAUUUCAUCAUGGUAGUUGUGUAGGUGUGUGUGUGUGUGUGUGUGCGGAUAGACCUAGUAUGUAUGAUUUAAAUAAUUUGUAUGCCUAAAUAAUAAGAGAGAUAUAAAGACCUUGUGAUAUAUAUAUAUAUAAACCUAGGAGUAAAAAUGUAUAUAAGAAUACCCUAGUCUACAAGAUAAUGAUGUGUGUGUGUGCCGAGCGGAAAAUACUAUACUUUUAUGUUUACGAUGUUCUCUGUAAUCAUCAAUAAACACAUUUUAUAUAUAUA